GGUCGAAAUGAAUGCACUCCGCAACGUCCUCAUGCUGCCCCCUGCUGGGACCCCUGAGCCUAUUGGGCAGCAUGCGGAGUGCAUUCAAUUCGACCAUGCUUGAUACAAAUUACAAAUGAUACACAAUCGUCACGUGAUCGUCGUCUGUUUCGUUUCGCGCGUUUCGUGUGAACACAUGCAACGUUAGCUUCGACCGGCCCUGAUGCCCCUGAAGUAGCGUUUUAAACUAAACCGUUCUUUUCAAUCUAACUAUUGAAGAAAAAUUGUUCUUGCUGUUGACUUUCACUCGAAUCGAAUUUUUAUAUUAUUUCACGAUGGAGAGCAGAGAUGAAGAAGUGCAACCACAGCUCCUUUCAGAUGAUCAAGUUAUUGUGGCUUCUUGUGAUAGUUCAAGAGUUACUAUCAUCAAUGAAGGAACACCUUUACAUUCGGCAGAAAAUGGCUUGUGGGAAAUCUUCUACAUAAACAUUUCAGAGGAAGACAUGGUAUCUGAUCAUCCAGCAAAUACUGAUGAUAAUGUUAUUCCAAAGGCAGAUGAGGAACAAAUAGCUAUUACUGAUGGAUAUCUGGAAGGAAUAGUGUCAUUUGAAUACUUCAUGACAAAAGUAGAAAACUCAGAUGGUUCCGAGUCUGGCAUGGAAGACUCAUCUGAUACAGAUUAUGAAGAAGAAGUGCUGGAAAGAAACUCAAAUGACCCAGAAUAUUUUCCUGAAGAAUCUUCCAACCCAGUGAAAAAGAGAAAAUGCACACGAGUUACAAAAAGACUUCCACAACUUUUACAAGGUCUCAUGGGUGAAGCAAACUUGAGAUAUGCAAGGGGUGAGAAUGAAGAUGCCAUCAACCUCUGCAAGGAAAUAAUUAGACAGGCCCCAAGUUAUGCUGAACCUUUUCAAUUUCUAAGCAUGUGCUAUAAGGACCAGAGAGAUGAAGAAAUGUCAUACCAGUUAUCUUUAAUAGCUGCAUAUUUAUCUCCUCAAUCUCCCCAACAGGCCAAUGAAUGGUUACAAUUAGCCCAGGUGUGUUUGAAGCGAAGAGAUGAGAUACAGGCAAAGAAAUGCCUUGCCAAAGCUGUUCAAGCAGACCCUACAAAUCUUCAAAUUCAUGAACGUCGAUGCCAGGUGUUGGAAUCAAUUGGUGCUGAAAAAGAGCAGUUGAAAGCUCGCCUGACUAUGUUGCGAGGUGUCCAACCGGAAAAUGAACAAAAGAAAAAUGAAUGGGUCGAGCUUGCUGAAAAAUUGCCAGGAUUUCCUUUGAGAGUGGCAGCUUGCAUUCAGCGCGUAGGGCGCUCAGUAAUGCUCUUGUCACCUGCGCAGAUAAUUUCAAAAGCUCUUAAUAGACAUUGCGGGCUGGUGUUUAACAAUAACAUAAUCGACGAAAUUGAUCUCAAAGAAACGGAAUCUAUGGAACUGACGGAAGAGUUGCCAUUCGACAUUCUCAGCAAACUGUGCAUUGCCUUAGUUUACUUUAAGAAAGAAGAAUUUGCAUUUCCUUUGAUCGAAACUUUUAUCGAGCAUGACGUCGAAAGCUUUGGGGAAAUCUACCUUGACGUUGUCGAGAUCCUAGCAGAAAAAGAAUUCCAUCAACAAGCUUUGACAUUGCUAGAGAUCCUAACACAAAGCAAAUCCUUUUCUCAAGCUGAAGUUUGGCUGAAAUAUGCAAACUGUCUUAAUGCUCUCAAUCUGUCAGAUGAAGCAAUCGUGGCAUUCCGACAUGUUAUUCAUCUAGUGCCAUCAAGGGAGGAUGCUAAAAUAUCUCUAGCAGAAUUGUUCACCAAAUUAGGUCGCCACGAAGAAGCUUUGGAAGCUGUAACGCAAGACUCGGAAGCUACUCGGAUUGAAGCCAGCGUUUUGCAUCACAAGUGCCUCUUGCUUUUGAAAGAAGGAAAAAUGAAUCAGUUCGUUGCGGCUUACAAAUUGCUGAUGAUGCGUCACGCCUCGAAUAUUCAAUCCAAGGACGAAGUGAACAAAACGUGCGGCGCCAAAAAAGUAGGGUGGGAGUCGGCGGAUGAAGAUUCGGACGUGGAAGAAUUGGACUUUGGAGCAUCGUCGAUAAAGUUAGAAGAAGAAUAUCGACUCCUCCGGCUAACGUGUGAAUACCUGUUCAAGGAGAAACGUCUGGUGGAGUUGGAGAGAAUCUGUUUUACGGCUCUUACGUCACCGCUUUUCAGAAGCAAGAGAGAAAUUUGCAGAGAAAUUCAGUUCAUCACCCUUCAAGUGUGUUUAGCUAAAGGCGACUCGUAUUAUGCUUAUAACCUAGCCCGUGGUUUGCUCUUACGUAACAACCUGGAUAACAAAAGAGCUUUGAACCUCAUGAUUCAGGUUAUCAUGCGAGGGGACGAUGUGCGCUACAAUCGUUUUCUUGUGCGGCUACUUCGGAAACACCCCAAACAUGUCUGUCUAAGUGUUUUGAACGGUCACGCGUGUUUAGCCAGCGGUACAUACAAGCGCGCCUUAGAUGCUUAUAUGUCGGCGUGCAAAAUUGAUCCCGACAAUCCGUUGUUUUUGCUGCUUUCUGCAAUUGUUCUGGUUCAGUUGACAUGUCAAAAGUUUUCUAGCGGGAAGCAUUCGCUUGUUACUCAAGCUUGUUCCUUCUUCGAUGCUUAUCUGAAAUCAAGAGGGGACUGUCAAGAGGUUUACUACAACAUCGGCCGGGGAAUGCAUCAGCUUGGCCUUUUAGCUCAUGCUGUGGACUUUUAG